UCAAUACCUAUAAAAGGAUCAUUAAUGGGCCGGGGAAUCGAAAUAUCAAAAAUCACAACAAACACAUAAUAUAUUCCUAGUCUCCUUUAUCAUGGCUCCUAAUUAUGUGAUGAUGGUAAUACUUGAUCUGAUAACGUUAAUGGUGAUAAUUUGCUCUUCACUAUCUUUUGGUGCCAUGCUACCAAGGAUAGCCAAACCUAACUGCAAUGGAAGUUGUGGCAAUAUCAGCAUCCCUUUCCCAUUUGGGAUGACCCAAGAUUGCUCUCUACGCCGUCACUUUCUUGUCACUUGUAAUUACUCCUUUCAACCUCCCAAGCUUUUUCUAGGGAAGACCAAUAUUGAAAUCACAAGCAUAUCUCUCACUGGGCAACUUAAGGUCUUACAGUUUAUAUCCAGAGAUUGUUAUCAUGAUGGGAUAAGGGCGAACAGAAACACACCACGGAUAACAUUACCAUCAAUGUUAACUGUGAACUCCACCGCAAAUAAGUUCAUUGCAGUUGGUUGUGACACAUAUGCCAUUGUCCGGGGCAAUUAUAGGAAAUAUAGGAAAUAUAAUUCUAGCAUCAGACACUCCUAUGUAACAGGAUGCAUGUCCAUGUGCAAUGGUAUUGAGGAUGUUGCUAAUGGCGAUGAGUGUUCUGGGGUUGGUUGCUGCCAGACAUCCAUCCCUAAGGGAGCAUGGAAUGUCACCGUAGCACUAAGCAGCUAUAAUAAUUAUACUCGUGUGACAGGCAGCCCUAGUAAUAGUUGCAGCUAUGCUUUUGUAGUCGAAGAAGCUGCUUUUAGCUUUUCUAAGAAUUACCUCAGCAGUUUGCAGAACAAAGAGAAGCUUCCUCUUGUACUAGAUUGGGCAAUUGGUCGAGAAACAUGUGAAAUGGCUAAGAAAAACUCGACAGCAUACGCAUGUAAGAGUCACAACAGUGAUUGUCAUGAUAAUUCAAACGGAUAUCGAUGUUCCUGCAUGCAAGGAUAUGAUGGGGAUCCAUACUUGGAAGAUGGUUGCCAAGAUAUCGACGAAUGUAUAGAUCAGAAAUCAGAUUAUAGGUGUGCUAAAAAUGCCAUUUGCAAGAAUACAGAAGGGAACUAUACAUGCACGUGCCCUCCAGAUUUCAGUGGUGAUGGUACUGAAUGCAAUCGUGACAAUCCUCAGAAAAAAGUUCGUGAUAAUCUUGCUAUAGGUGUCACAGUAGGAGUUGCUUUUCUGGUUCUUAUAGUUUGUGGCUGUUCAUACACUGGAUUCCAAAGGAGAAAGAUGUUAAUGAUGAAGAAGAAGUUUUUCCAAGAAAAUGGUGGAUUAGUUCUGCAGCAACGACUCACAGGGCAAGAGGGAUCAAGUAAUAAUACAACAAAGAUUUUCACAGCCGAAGAGCUAGAAAGGGCAACUAAUGACUUCGACAAAGAUAGAGUUAUUGGUCAAGGAGGUUAUGGAACUGUGUACAAAGGAUAUCUGAAAGACAAUCGCACCGUUGCCAUCAAGAAGUCUAAGGUAAUUGAUCGCAAUCAGAUUGAGCAAUUCAUAAAUGAAGUCAUUGUCCUCUCCCAAAUCAACCAUAGAAAUGUGGUUAAGCUCUUAGGUUGUUGCCUAGAGACAGAAGUUCCACUAUUGGUUUAUGAGUUCAUCAACAAUGGAACACUUUCUGAACAAUUACACGAUAAAGUAAAGGCCUCUACUCUUUCUUUGGACAUUCGUCUGAGAGUUGCUACAGAAACUGCUGGAGUACUUUGUUACUUGCACUCAGCCGCUUACCCUCCUAUCAUCCAUAGAGAUAUCAAGUCUGUCAACAUUCUUUUAGACAAAUCCCUCACAGCCAAAGUGUCCGAUUUUGGAGCAUCCAGGUUGGUUCCUGCUGAUCAGACAGAGUUAUCUACAUUGGUUCAAGGAACUCUAGGAUAUCUAGAUCCUGAAUAUUUGCAAACAAAUCAACUAACUGAAAAAAGUGAUGUAUACAGUUUCGGAGUAGUGCUUGCAGAGCUCCUAACUGGUAGAAAAGCUCUAUGUUUUGAUAGACCAGAGGAAGAGAGAAGUCUAGCUAAAUAUUUCACAUCUUCAGUGGAGAAGGAUCAUUUGUUUGAUAUUCUAGACGACAAUAUAGUCUGUGAUGAGCGAAAUAGAGGGCAACUGAAAAGUGUUGCGAUGCUUGCAAAGAGGUGCUUAAAUGUUAAAGGGGAUGAUAGACCCACAAUGAAGGAAGUUGCAGCAGAAUUGGAAGGUGGAUCGAGAUUGAAGCACUCGUGGGCUCAAACUGAUCAAAAGUCGGAGGAGAUAGAGUCCUUACUGCAGGGUACUGAGCCAUUGGGAUUUGGAUAUGAAUAUAGUGGGCACGGUAUUCAUAUUGAUAGCAUAAUGAGCCAUAUAACUUUACCACGUUGAUUGGUCAUGCAUGCACAGGUUCAACAUGGUUUUCUUUCUCUUUUGGGCACAUUAGAAAUAGUAAUUAAUUAGAUUUAGUUUUAUCUUUUUCAUUUGUCCAAGGAUAAUAAAUUUUAGUAACAAAUUGCCUAGUGUGGUUAUUUAUGUAUCCUGGUAAUUUUCUACACAUUUUUAUGCAUUUCUUACACUUGAACGGUUCAAUUUAAAUUCAUUUGUUGCUCAACGCAUAUUUUGCAUGUGUUUUUGGUGCAAG